UUCCGACGAGGUCGCAGUAAAGGAAUCAAGAAACGAAAGUCUGGAUAUUGUUGGUUUAUGUUUAUCCUGAAUGAUACGACGGACUGUCGAACUUUUGGGUUUAGGAUUAAUUCCAACUGAGUAAUAUUGCUUGUUAUGAAAUGAAAUGAGUGCUAAUAUUAACGACAACAAUUCUCCUGCACAAGAGCAAGAAGAUAAAGGAUCUCAGAAGAAUGAUUCACCAGAAGAAAAAGCAGCCCAGAAUGAUGCAGGUGCAAGGCAGCCAGAGGAAACUCGAAACACCUCAUCAAAUCAAGGCGAAAACAAUCAACACCAAACGAGAAAAGACGAAGAUACUUCAAGUCAACAAGAAAGCGAUGGUCGGCGUGAUAUGAAGCAUAACGAGACAGUUGAUACAUCGCCAUUGGAGGAACAUCAAAAGGAAGAUUCGAUAGUGAAACACAAAACUGGCUACACUAAGAAUGAGCAAGUUAAAGUCGACCAAACCCGCCGUGACAAUGAUGAGAGGGAAAGUCCUCCUUCAACUACGAAUGAAGAGCCUAAGCAUGCUGCAGAAAGUAGCAAGCGUCAAGGAGGUGCUAGCAUAAGAAACCACCCAUCACUUCCGCACAACUUACGAUUAAAGCCAAGUGAUUCCCACAAUAUCUCGGUGGAUUUUUAUGUGUAUGUUCACGGCAAUAAACCUGUGGAUAAGGUUUACCUUUUGUUUAACAAUGGAAGCCAUGUAUUACUUCAUAAGAUAGAUGAUGAUAGAAAACUGUGGCAUUACCAGUUGUUUUCAAGUGAUGACUUAAAGAGAGAGCGCAUUGAAUACCGGUAUCGUGCUGUCAUCAAACGUGACUCGCAUUUUCCAUUAGUCGGGAAAUAUUUCAGCAAAGAUGAUUUAAAUAUAGAAGAACUUGGUAAACGAAAAAUUGACUCAAAUUUGCAUUAUGACGUAUUUCAUUCCCCUCAUGACCAACGUUACUAUAUGGAAAGCGUUGCGCAGUCCAUUAUAUUUUACACGAAAUGGCUUCUACCAUCACUACACAUAUCAAAUAUUUCACGGAUCCUCCAGCAAAUUGAGAAAAUGCGUUUUAUGUAUUUGGAUGGGAAGAAUGUGAAAGACUUUAUCUCGUGGAUAAUAAAUCACGUUAUCCAACUAUCAAUCAAUGAUGUACAGCGUUUAUAUUUAUGUGUUCUUCUCGCUCAUCUUUGCGAUUCUCAUCAUUUCAGUUUGCCAAACAAAAAAGAAACAAAGGCCGCCUGUGAUCGUUUACUUGCGUGUUUUAGUGCUGAUGUCAAUUCUGUCUUUAAAUCUCCUCCAAGUGUCAAGAUUUGGGAAAAGCUUGCAAUUGAACUGGUUAAACACAGCAGCUGUCCUGGUUGGCUUAAUCUUGCUGCAACAUUUUACUCUUAUUUAGGCGUAGAUUACAUACUUCAGAAGAGAUACUUUUUUUCUACGGCGUAUAAUUACAGUGCCAGGGAAUAUCAGAAUUUGAUGGACUUACUGUUGAGGAAUAUUGAUGUGGAUAGCAAAAACUACUCGUACAAACGUUUGUUGAAGGCGUUAAUGGAAAUGGCGCCAAAUAAUGACAUUGUGGUGAAACUUUACGAUCGACCUGAUAUUGAUAAAUUCUUCGCAAGCGAAACUGAGAAAAAAGACUUCUUUGUCGAAUUUUACCAAAAUAUACAUCAUAAAAGUAGUACAAGGAAAGAUGUCGGAGCGUCAUUGAUUGAAUUAGUAAAAAUUCCUCAGGAGUUACUAAGAAAAAUGUAUCGCCCAGUUCAUUCGUCUAUGUUAAACUUCUUGAGAUCUGAUGAUGAAAUGGAAGAGCAGCAUAUUAAAGCUUUCCUCGACCUUAUGGUUCUAGAUUAUUGUUUGCAGAAAUCUGAUGUGAAUGACUUGCUUAUUGAAAUAGCAAAAUCAAAGUUGACUUCCCGACACAAUCUACUAUUAAAUAUUCUUAAUAUGUCAUUGUUUGAGGAUAAUUGGCGUGACACAAGUAUGGUAGAAAAGGUUAAGAUCUGUUGUACCUGGAUUACUACGAAAGUGGUAAAUGAAAAGGGAAUGAACGAUGGAAUGGACACAACGACUGCGGUGUAUCAUGGUAUAGACGUGGUGAUGCGUUGCUCUCUUAAUAAAUCCAACAACAAACUUGCUGAAGAAGUUUCAAAGACGCUGAUUCACGACAUUCUCAGGAAUGAGCCAAGUCUUUCUAUUCUUAAGGCUUUUGUUAGCAUUGAGAAAUAUUCGACCGUUGUUCAGAAUUGCUACAAAGCCAACGUGAAAAAUAUCUUCAGCCGAGAGCCACGACUAACAAAAAAAUCAAUCAAGGUGUUGGAGGAGUUUACAAACUCCAGCUUGGGUCAUGAGCUUCUAUUUUACGUGCUGGAUGUAAUAGAUAUCCCGACUAUUCCAAAGAGUAAUGUGGUCGAUGAAACCGCUUUCAGAAGCGUUUUAGAAUGGAGUGAUGUUUGGGCAAUUUUGUUUAAAACAACUGGAUCUUUCGAGCGAUAUCAGAAGUUUAGAGAUGGAAAACUUGUUUGUCAACAGUUGAAGACGUGCAUUGAAAAAGGCAAUGUAUCUAUACAAUUUCUUCAAGAAAUCGAGAGUAACAUUGAUAAAGUUACAAUGCUAUGUGCAGGUGAGAGGUUCUGCAAGUCAACCUUCUCUAUGGAAGGAAGUAAGGCGGGUAUGGUUGCAAGAAUUUCUGAAUUGAAACAAAUCGUACAGGAUUGUUCCGAGAAGUUCAAGUUGCUAGGGUCUGUGAUGAACUACGGCAGGAAAAUAUUAGAUGAUAUUCAUUCCAUUGACGGAUUUCAAACGCUUAUUAAGGAAUUCAAUGAGCGAAACUCUAGUUGGCAAACGAAAAAGAUUAAUGAUCUGCAAGAUGAUGCGUUUUGGGGGCCAUUAUUUCAUCUCAUCCAACCUGCGAAGACGCUUCAACCAUUAAUGAACUCCUUGUCUUUUAUGACCAUUGCCAAAAAGGGUUUGGAGGAAAGCAGCUUUGAUUCGCACGAAAAUAAAGCAGCAGCCAGAAUUAGAGAUUUCUAUUCGUUUAUAAGAUUUCUUACAAACAAUGCUAUUGAGAAACUUCAAGUACAAUGGAAUCCAGUGUUGCAUGAUCCUGGAUCUCUCAGUGUGGAAACAAUGAAGAAAUUACUUGGUACCUUGAAGAAUCAAAACAAGCUGGAUGAGGAGCUCGAACUGCUAGCAAAAUACUUUAAGCGAUCCUUCUCUCCUGAUGUUAAAAUUUACAUGGAAGACUACAUGAAGUAUCCUCGUGUAUUGAAGCAAGUGCGACACGUUAUUGGCAUUUUGGGAAUAUUUGGAUUCGCGGAUUCAUUAAACGAAACGUCUUCUCUUUCAGAUUUCGAAACGACUUUGGUUAAUAUUAACAAACUCACUUUGACCGCACUACACAAAACAAUCCAGGAGGUGACAAACAUAGUUUCACCUUUUUCUGGAGAAGUUAUAGAUCACGUGAUUGAGGAGCUCUCAAGAUCUAGUGUACUCCUUGAUUUCAUACAAGAAAUUGUUGACGAAGACAUUCGUUUUCUUAUUGAUGCAGUUGAAGAGCAUUCGGAUCAGUUUGUAUCCGAAUCAUUAGUUUCCGAUCUCAUCGAUGUCCACAGGUUUUUAGCACCUUUGAUUAAGACGAAAAUGCAAGAGAACUGUAAUGCCGAGGACUUUCUGAAAAUGUUAAAAACAUCAUGUCUUGAACAUAAAGAUAUAGCGUUUAAAAUUCAUCAGAGCAGCACGAAUGUGAACAGUCUUCGUGGGUUGUAUACGAGUAUCGCGAACCGUGGUGAAAUUACUAAGGAAAUUAUCGGUAAUUGCCUCAGGAGAGGACUCUAUCAUGUCUCGAUAAAAGAAGGUAAAUGUGAAGCAACAAUGAGUUACGAGAGUGAAGGCAAAUCAGUUCCCAGCAAUUAUAUUCUGCCAGAUCUGCACGACCUUCGGAGCCGUGCCCAUCUUAUUGUUAGCUCUCACAAGAACUCUUUCAAGUUUCCUUCCAGCGAUUCAAAAGUCAGUAGCGUGGAUAUUGAUUUUGAAGAAUUUAUAAAUCAAAUUAAUCUCUUGACGGAAAUAUUUACCCUGCUCUCAAAGUUGCGAUCAUCGGGAUAUGUUAAGUAUCGCGAUUUCGAGACGGAGAUGAAAAGCACCGAGGAUCUUCGAAACUAUCGAGACGGUUUCAGCGUUGAUCUGGAAAAAUGGGAGAAUAGUUUAGCAAAAUGGCGUGAAAAAUGCUAUUUACUCAAUUACUACAGUUCUGAUCAACUCUGCAUUCUUUACGAUUUCCUCAUGAACAGAUCCAACGUUAACUGCGAUGAAGCACUUUCCUUAAUUCAUUUCGUGAACAAAAAAAUCACUAAAUCACAAUUGGAACAACGCAGAGAGAAACCAAAGACGUUGGGGGAGUCUCAUUCAGACGACGAUCCUUCCUUAUUUCUAUCGACUAUUUGCCAAGCUUUAGAAGAUAUCCAAAUCAAUUCGGAACAUAUCAGAUGGAUACCUGGGAAUGAUGAAACCCAGUCGUAUGUUCGACUCCAGGCCACGGUUACUCCAGGGGAAAUUUUUGUCGCCAGUUUGGAGCCACACAGUCCAUUGACAGCCAACGUCGUGCUCACAUUAUAUGAAAAUACUUCAAAUGCGUUCCCAGAACCGCAUCAAAUCGUUUUCUGCCGUCCCGACACGUCAUGGGAAGAAAUCCAUCUUUUACUUCGAAGAUGCUUUACUCUGUCACAAUACCUCAAUCACCACAGUUUGUUCUGUAUCGCGAACGUUGAAUUACUACCAAAUGAAUUGCAGUUCAAGCUUGUUAAUGAAAUCAAAGAAAAGCAGAAUUUUUGCCAAAGCUCAAAGGAUACAAAAUCUAAUGUUAAGUAUCAACUUGCCUUGAUUUGCCGCGGUGGUGCCCACCAUCACAUCGUGGAACAGUUUUCCGAAUGUUCCCACCACAUUGCUGGAAUGAGUGAUCAUAUUCUUUCUCGUCGUCUCAAAUCUGGUUGGCCCAAUGUCAAAAUGAUCACGUCCACACUUCCAGGUCUUGGCAAAACAGAACACAUUAAACGGGAAGUCCAGGAAAUGGACAAGAACAUCGUUACCUUUUCCAUCAGCGGCCCGUUUGAACCAACUCAACUCAUACAACGUUUAAAAGAACUCAAUCUUAAGGACUAUAAUUGUUUACACCUUAACAUUGGCGAAGUAAGUGAUCCGUUGCUAUUGGAUACGUUCCUAUUUCAACUGGUUGUGACUGAAAUGGUUUCAGCGGGAAUGCAAUUUUAUCACAUCCCGACAAUUCCUGUCUACAUUGAAAUAGCAAAUACACUAAAGGAUCGCCUGAGGGAGUCGUUGGUCAUUUCAAAGUUUUUCACUCGGAUUCACUUGGAUUGGCAGAAAUACAAGGAUCUUUUGGUCAGUUCUGAAAUUACAAGUAACGUCCAAGUUGUUUGCCAGUAUUUGGAUAUCUACGAUCGGGGAUGCAUCGAAAAGGAAGAAGUUCAUUUCAGUGGACCAGAUAAACCAAAGCCAUUGCCAGCACGUCGUUGUCAAGAACUGUUAGCCAAACAUUUUUCGUCCAGUGUGGAUGUCACGUUCACUGUAUUGAACACUUUUCUCGGAGUCUUUGCGGACCAGUUGUUGAAGUUUUCCAAGAGUGCGUAUUUCAAGAUCGCAAAUCUGAAAUCUGUGUUAGGAGAAGGAGCUAAAGGUGUGCGCGCAAAUCUUUUUGUCGCUCUUCUAGAAGUAUCAAAACAGUUUGCAUCGCGUGCCAUAACAACGAACCGUUCGUAUAAUGUACAAAAACUCUCCCAUGAACAAUCUCUGAAAGUUUUGGACAAGGCAGUGCCUUUCUCUGCCACAUCUUCGCAUGAUAUGGUGAAACGAGUGGAAGGAAUGAUACAAUGGCAAGACGACAAUCAUUUGUUGGUCGUGUUCCAUGCCCAGAACUCGCAAUCAAUAACUGCUGUUUAUCGGAACAAAUCUCUCGUUCCCUCGAGUGUUAGAGAACUACUCAACAGCCAAAAAGUAGGAGAAAACAAGGAACUUGACGACUUUAAGCUAUUAUCUCAAGAACAACUGCAAGAAAAGUUGGAAAAAAUAGCAUCCACUAAGCUGCUAGUCAACCAAGACAACCUGUUUGCAACAUACGCAUUAACUCCAGAUAAUAUGCUGAAGAUGAUAUUGAUCGUAUUACGAGUCCGUGCAAAUGUACCCGUUAUCAUCAUGGGGGAGACGGGUUGUGGAAAGACCAGUCUUGUUCGUUACCUAGCAAACACAUGCGGGGUGCAGUUCUUUGCAUUUAAUUUUCACGCUGGAAUUUCUGAAUCCGAGAUCAUCUCGUUUAUAAGGAAAAAAGAAAGCUCAGCUAGGGAUAAAGGUGGUCAAACGUGGAUUUUUCUUGAUGAAAUAAACACCUGUGAUCAUCUUGGAUUGAUCGCUGAUAUCAUGUGUCAUCAUUCUCUACUGGGACGACCUUUGUCCAAAAACCUGGUCUUCCUUGCAGCUUGUAACCCGUACAAGUUACGUCCUGAAGAACAUAUUACGACAGCUGGCCUUGAAGGCAAAAAUGUGACUGAUGAAUUCUCUGGGCUUGUGUAUCGUGUUCACCCACUACCUGAGGCUAUGAUAGAUUAUGUUUGGGAUUAUGGUUCCUUAUCCCCGAAAGACGAACACGACUAUAUUGAGAGAAUGGUGAGUGUUUUGCCGAACAAACGAUAUGAAGGUAUGUUGGUUGAUUUGCUCGCUACAUCGCAAAAGUUGAUCCGCGAGGCAGAGAAGAAUAACUUUUGUGUCAGCUUGCGUGAUGUACACCGUUGCAUUCUUUUGAUCAGUUGGUUCGAGGAAAUGCAAGAAAAACGGAACAAAAUAAGUAAUUCAAUGGAAGUUAACAGCAAGCCAUUCACGACGGCUCACCACCUUAGAAAAUACUUUAUAAUGUCAGAACGGUACAAUAAGAAACCGAUGAUUAAGAGCAUCGUCCUUGCCCUUGCUCAUUGCUACCUGUCCAGACUACCAACUGCUGAGUUGCGGGAAAACUAUCGGGAUCACAUGAUAAAGUUGUUCUCUAAAAGUGGAGUCGUGAUGAAUAAAAGUAAUGAAAACAUCGAUAGUUUCUCCGCCAUUGUACGUAUAGAAGAAGAAGAUUAUUUGGAUCGCAUGGAACUUCCAUCGGGCACAGCAAGAAAUGCGGCUCUUCGUGAGAAUGUUUUUGUUAUGCUGGUUAGCAUUCUGAACCACAUUCCCGUUUUCGUUGUUGGAAAACCUGGCUGCAGCAAAUCUUUAUCAAUUCAGUUAAUCCGAAGCAAUCUGCGCGGACGUGAUUCUCGAGAUCCUCUGUUCAGAGAGUUGCCACAACUUUACGUCGUCUCAUAUCAGGGUUCAGAAUCAUCCACCUCCGAAGGAAUCAUCAAAGUCUUCGAAAAAGCACGAAAAUAUAAAUCCCACAACCGAGAUGGAAACGUUUUGCCGGUUGUCUUGCUAGACGAAGUUGGAUUGGCUGAAAAUUCGAAGUACAAUCCUCUCAAAGUCCUACACAGCUUGCUUGAACCCGGGGAAGGAAAAAUGCCUGACAUUGCAGUCGUGGGUAUUUCAAAUUGGUCGUUAGAUGCUGCUAAGAUGAACAGAGCGAUUCACCUCUCAAGGCCAGAACCAACAGUGGACGAUUUAUACGAGACUGGAUAUUCACUUCAUUGGGCUGAUGGUGGAUGUGAUACUCAAUGCCUCAGCAAGAAAGAGUUAAAGUGCUUAGCUGAAGCCUAUGUUGAAUAUCAGGCGAAGCAGAUUCACGCUAAUUUCCAUGGUCUUCGAGAUUAUUAUUCCCUUAUUAAGAGUUUGACUGGCCGUAGCUCCUCUCAGCAAGUCAAUGUUGCAUUACAGCGUAAUUUUGGCGGACUUCGUGGUGGAGUAAACGAUGUUUUAAAGCUUUUCCUCGACAAGUUAAAGACGUUAAUGACAACGAAUGGUGAAGACAUAAUUCCAGUAACGAAAUUGAUUGAAGAGAAUCUUACCGAUCCCCAUGCACGUCACCUUAUGCUCAUAACAAGCGGAGAUUCAGCCAUUGGUAUUUUGAAGCAAAGCUUAGCUCAGUUGGAGAGGGAGACUAUCACAAUCUAUGGUAGUCGUUUCGAAGAAGACCUCUCCGAAGAAUAUAACUACAGAAUCCUCAGUCGUAUCAUUCUUUGCAUGGAGCGUGAUUGUAUCUUGAUUCUAAGAGAUCUUGAAAGCAUUUACGGAAGUCUGUAUGAUAUGUUAAACCAAAAUUACGCCGUGGUUGGUAACAGGAAAAAUUGCCGCGUGGCCCUUGGGGCAUAUAGCAACCCUAUGUGUCAAGUAAACGACGGUUUUCGGUGUAUCGUUCUCGUUGAUCAACACAAAGUAGAUUUUUCGGAUCCACCAUUCCUCAACAGGUUCGAGAAACAGCUCUUGGGUUUCUCCGACGUUCUAACCGUCGACCAAAAGAAAAUUAUCACCGAUCUUGAUAACUGGAUUAAAGAUAUUUCCACUGUGGAAGCUUUGGAAUCACAGUUCUAUGAAUCAGAUAUGUUUAUUGGUUUUCACGAAGACACUCUCCCAUCGCUUGUCUUACUACACGGAAGCGACACAGAUAGCUCGCCCGACGAGAUUUUAAAGAGAUGUAAAGAUGAUUUAAUGUGGAUUGCUUCUCCCGACGGCGUGCUUCGGACUGAGAGAUGCGAACUUCUAAAAAAAGAUUCAAAAGAAGUACAGGAUUUAAGAGAUGAGUAUUUUAAGAAGCCAGUACACCAAGGCUUGGCUGCUUUAAUGGAGCACAUUAUGGUAACCAACAAUCAGGAUUCAUCUUUCUUUGCUAGUGAUGAAAUUGGCUCUAAAACUGUCGUCGUGACAUUUUCCAACAUUCACACCGAUAUUGGUCAGUGUUUAGGCGAUAGUGUGCAAAGUCAGGUGGAACGGCUGAGUGCGUACAAGUCGGAAAAGCAGUUAGCUUUGAGAAUUGAUGAAUUUUGGAAUCACCCAGAAAGGCAGUUGUUAGUUUUGCAAUGUAAGCCAGAGCUCGAUGGCGCACAUUUACUGCACGCCCGUUCAAUCAUCGAAGAAAAGCGAAAUUCAUACAAGCGGUGUUCAUCAGAAAAUAGUACACAAAGUCCCAAGCAUGUUUGUAUUGUAGUGCAUCUUCAACGUGGUGAAGACACAAAUAACAUUCCCUGGCAAUUCAGUUUCCUGUGCGGUUGGAAACAAGUAUUCCUUGACGUUCUUGAAUCCCCUCGAGUACCACUGAAUGAAUUACUUGGAAACAGUAUUCAGAAACUGACAUCUGAUAUUUGGCCUAUUCGUAAGAUUGUGCAAAAUGAUCUUUUAUGGUGCUUCUCCCGCAUCAAGUACACUCGUUGCCAACGGCCUCUCGAUAGUGUUUUACACAUUGCCAAAAGUCUUUUCAGUUCCGAUGAAGUGUACAAUGUCAUUGAGCAACUUAUCUUGAAGUCGAUUGAUUUUAAUGUCUUUGAAGAAGCUUGUGGUGGUCGUUUCGGAGAAAGUUGGCAAGUAAAAGUUGCUUCUGACCGACAAUCAUUAAUUAAUUCAUCCACUCUUUACUGUGCAAUGGAACAAUUCGUCUCUCGUUUGGUCCAAAUUCCUCUCGCAAAGAUUGUUUACUUCUUAGAAAAGGAGAAUGCUUGGCCACCUCAUCUAGCCAAUGAUAAAAAUCUAUCUAAAUUUGAACACAUUUGGUGUAAACACGUUUUGAAUGAAGCCAUCGUAAGGAUUUCAGAAAUUCCAGAGCCACGUGGAGCUGAAUCAUAUGUUCUGGAAAGCCCAAGGCUUGAUCUUUGCUUACCUUUCAGUCAAAUAACUAUCAGAAAAGUUGACAGCAUCAAGAAGUUGUUUUUAGAAGAGUAUGCAACACUCGUAGGCAACGAAGAUAAUUUGAAUGAGAGUGGUCAAUUAAUGGAGACCAUCCGAAUGGAACAGUUAAAGCGGUUUUCUGAGAUUAUAUCAAACUUGGCUCCAGAAAUUCAUAACUUUACCUCCAUCAGUUGCAAUUCGUAUAUGGAAGAUCUAUUUGAUUUGUUGACUGCUGACUUCUGUCUUGAAUUGGAUCGUUCUCGUAGAGUAUCUGUAGCACAAGCGGUUUUUGUAUCCGAGAUUAAACAGAACCUUCCAACGAACGACAUGCUUGAGUUUUUUACACUGCUUCAUUCGUUUGCAUGGAUUCAUCGGGAAGAGAUUUUCGCCAUACUGAGAAUGAUUGAUUGUUGUCAGUCUUUCAUACGGCUUGAUGUUCUUUCAAAUGUAAUUGAUAACACCAGUUUAGAAGAAGUUGUUUUUGUGAAAACUGAACAAGAGAAUAUAAGCGAUGCAUUUGGGAAUAAGCAGGUUGUUGGGUCUAUGACACAUUACAACAAGAAAGAAAGCGGCCAUUACACGUACGAUGAACAGGAGACAAACAAAAUAGACGAGAAACACGAGAACUCCCUAGAAAGUGAUAUAAAUCAUGUGACCUAUUACGAGACGGAUGAAGCUAGCGAAGCUACCCUUACCAAUAUGGCCGCUGAUGUGUUGGAAUUUGAAGAGUCGUUGCAAAGUGCUCAAGUGAAAGACGAUGACGUGAAAGACGAUGACGUGAAAGACGAUGACGUGAAAGACGAUGACGUGAAAGACGAUGACGGGAAAGACGAUGACGUCAUUUCUGAUGGAGAUUUGAACGAACCUGCAGAAAUCUUUAGGGACAUCUUAACCACGGUAUAUUGUGAAGAAAUGUUUCCAACACGAGAAACUGUCGAGAAGAAUAAUGGCGGCCUUGACCAAUGGAUGCGAAAUGCAAUGUUGCUGAUUUCUUUAGCGUCUAAGAUCAGCAGCUGUUCUCCUGCCUUUUUUUACCUACGUCUGUGUAUUGAUUUUUCACGAAUUAUCCUUACUCCUGCCACUUUAAUAACAAGGAUUCCUUCAUUGUUUACUUUGGGGAAUAUUGGUAUUGCUCUGAAACCCGAAUACCUAAAUCAUGAUGAAUCGUUUGAAAAGAUAACUGAUCAACUGAUUACACCUUUGGAACAGGAAAUGGGAGAUAAACUGGUUGCACAAGAAGCUCUACAUGAGUUCUCCGCCUUGUUUUAUGGUCGUUGUCUUGAAACAAAUGUUGAUAACCCUUGUGCUGGUCUAAUAGUGGAACGCGUGCUAUCAUUGAAACGACCGGAGUUGGUAAUAACUAUGCGUCUGGUUGUCCUGCGACUACUUACGGCAGAGGAAGAAUAUAGCCCUGGAAUAUUUGUCAACAUCAUCAUCAAUCCGAGUGUCAUUAAGACUUGUUCUUGUCUUCAGAUUAUUGACGAAGUAUUCAAGGAUAGGUUUUCAAGUGGUUUCAUGCAUAAUGACUCAUAUCCUGCUGUAAUGAUCUGCGAUACAAUUCAAACUUUGUUGCAUUUUGAAGAGCGGUACAGCAUCGAGGACAUCAACAGCUCCGAUUGCGAACUUCUCAUGCUCACUAAAUCUGCAACAACACUGUUGGCGGAAUGCGGGGAGGAUAGUUGUGGUCUAACUGUGCUCUCAUCAGUCGCAUUUCUUCGAAAAUUCUUCACAAUGUUAGCACUAUUUAUUGCUAAAAAUCCCAAUGCUCUUCAAGACGAUAGCGCUCAUGUCGUAACAGAAGUCAACUUGCUGUUAAAUAAUUCAAUAUCAUCGCUCAAGCUAUUCUUUCUCAAACAACUUUCAACGCAUGCAAAUCUAUUUGAUGUGCAGAAAUGGUUUGCUGGAAAUAAACAUAUUCCCACAAUGGAGCCGAAACUCUGGUGCAACAAAGAAUGUUCGUACAAAGCUGUGUUUUCAUCUGUGCUAAAAUACCCAGAGUAUAAUGAAGCAGAGGAAGCGUACAGGGAACUGGUUUCUAAUGAAGCGCCUAUGCAGAAUUUUUUGACAGAAUGCCAAAGCUCUCCUAAACAUGCUUACGUCCUUCUCGGAGUCCUUGUUAACAUGGUUUACUUGAAACGAGCUGUACGAAAGCUUUCUGAUAAAGAAGAACAAGUAGUUAAUUGGUUUGUAGGAAAACUUACACCCUUUCCGCUGUUAUAUCAACAACUUUUGUUGAAUGUUCUAGGACGUCGUGAUUUCCGGUGCUCGCAACUGCAACUGUCACCUGAAUCAUCAGUGGAUGACGUAGAAAUGGCCUUAUUAAUUCUUCACAUCGCCUGCGUUGUUACAACAAGUGCUUUAAAUGAACGUUUACCAAUGUAUCGAUACUUCACGAACCCUCUCGAAUCUGAUAAUCCUUAUGUUCUAGCUCAUGGAAAUGAGUUGCAUUCCGUGUUUGAACUCUUACCAUCGAUUAAGGGAUUAUUUCCCGUCACAUGUACGUGUGGUUUAAGAGUGGCUUUGAAAGAUGUCGUCGUUGACCAAAUAUGUCCACAUUGUAAUCAAGACUUGAGAACACCUCAGCAACACCCCAGCAACACCUCUCCGACUGACAAAGUGCAAAAACCAAGCAAGAGGGAUAGAAAUGAAUGGGAUGCCUGUCCAAAACACAUGAACCCAGCCGCCUAUCGUGCAUUACGCAUCAUUGUCUACUCAUCCUACUACGCCGGCAACGCUUUUUCGGAACGUCUGAAGACGCCAAACUGUCCGCUGUCUUGCGUGCGCUAUGCGGAGACGAUACUCAAUUUAAACCCUGGCCAUUUGUGUUUUGAAACUGUUAAAUCUGAUAUGUCACAUCUGAUGACCAUUCUUUGUUGCAAGAAGGAGGUUGCUAUCAGAAUCAUGCAUAUGGUGGUUGACAGAUGUUCAAAUCUUAUAAGAAGAGGCGACGCAUCAACCAAUAGAAUGUGUCAACAAUGGGAAACAACAUUUACUAAGCUCACGAAACCAGUUUUUCUAAACGCGCGUGCAUCUUCCAAAGAAUUAAAACAAAUGAAAAAGCUACAGUAUGGGGAAGUUGAUUCAAAUCAUUUUACCAUUGAAGACCGUAUUCUAGAACUGGACGAUUACCCUUCCGAGUCAGAGGAACAAAAUCAGCGACUAAAGAGACUGUAUCGCCUUACGAAACAACCAAGCUUUGAAGAUUUUCGUUCAGCGUUCCUACAUGCUCCAAAAGCACUUCAAAGAAAACACGGUUUCUUGGCCUUCUUCUUUGCAACGUAUGAGAAACUUCCGAUGAUCGGUCACUUGUAUCACUUAUUGCAAUGGUGUCGGCUCGUAACCUCAGCAUUAACCCAUCGCAUUAGCAGAAAAGAAGCACAAUCGAAAUCCAUUGCUGAUUUCAUUAGCGGUCAACUUCUAGAGAUACAUCGAAGUCAACAAGAGAUUGGCAUUUUAAAGGAAUCGUUCACAGGUUUCAAGAAAGCGUGGAACGAAAUGCGACAGCUUGUAAAUGAAGAGCUCUUGGGUGAAAAAGUAGACGAGAUGCCGAGACUAAGAGAGUAUGAUUGUGUGGCUUACUGUUUGACAGAAAGUGAUUAUGGUAUCUACCUGCUGACAGCUAUUAGAAUUCUCGUUUCCUCUCAGAAUUUUAUUCUGGAUGAGAUAAACUCCCUUUCGUCCUCGCAUAAAUAUCCAGCUCUGAGUUUUCUUGAAAGGUACAAUGGAAGUUGUAUUAUGGCGACCCCUAUUCAAGAUGUUAAAGAAAAUGAAAUAAUAAGUUUCCAAUGGUCAGAUGAUUUUUUUAUGUACGCGCACAACAGUCCUGUGUAUGGCGAGGGCGAGAGUGUCAAGUAUGAUUUUGAGCGCAUGGAAAUAUCAAUUUCUACUAAAGUCGCGCUGGGAAAACGUUUCUUGACAGGAACACUGAACAAGUUUAUAUUCGCCAAAGAACUGUUUCAUUCCUGUGGCCCUAUACUGGACGAGAUUCGUUCACUCGUAACGCAGAGCUCAAGCUUGCCGGACGAGGUACGUAAUGGUUUGUCCUAUCUAAAAGAACAGACGAUCAAGGCCCAAGUUCUCCUACAACAUAUGGAAGUGCUCAUCUUCGUUCUUAAGCCCAAACUGGCAGAAUUGGAUGUGGAUUUAACCUUGGAAGAACUCGUUGAAAAACGGUUACCAAUGCUACCAAGUCCUUUUCCGGUCAUACUUCUACCACAACCUAGAAGUUCCAUCAAGAUCAAACACAUUGCAGCACUUUACGAAGCUCUUGAGGAUAUGUUGGCUGACGGUGCUAUAGAAGGACUUGCUAAAAGAUUUAGUAUGACAUUACCAACCGACAUCAAACAGAAAUUAAACACAAUUCUGGACGAAAAAACUGGGCAAAUGAAACCGCCUAAUUUUUUGAGAGCUCUUCGUCGCUUUGUGUUCCGUUAUCUCUCGUCUGAAACAGAAAGAUACUGGCCUGGAGAGACAACUGCAUUACAAUCCUGGUUGAAAGAACCUUCUCUGUGGUCCCCAUUCCAACAACCAAACUUGGAUAUAAUCCCGAAAGAAAUUACUCUUGAAUAUGUCUACUCGAUUGUAAAAUAUCUUGAAGAAAUAGAGAUGAAGAGGAAAGGCGAUAAUAGAAGAUUACAAGUAGGAAAACCUCCCGGACAGACUAAAAUAGUCAGCCAACAUGGUCGCACCCGAAACACGAAGGCGAAACGACAGAGAAAUCUAGGGAAAUCUUUAGCUUGAUUUAUUUUAAGCUCUUAGUUAAAGCAAUGCCUUCACGUGAUUUAAAAUAAUAACAUAUCAUUGGAAUUAUUAAAACUUCGCAUAAUUAUAUGAAAAAACUAUUCUGAUAAGGAAUUGGUAAUUGAAGAAUUUUGAUAAGAAUUGGGAGACGUGUUCAUAAUUAUGUAAUAUUGGUGUUUAUUGUCAGUUUAAUAUUGCUUUAAUACAAUGGUCACUAGUUUAAUUUCAGCAGGAAACUCCAAAAAUCUGCAAUAUACUGUUAAAAUAUUGCAUAUGAGAGCAGUAUUUGGCGGCGUUACUAGUUUAUAUAUAAAUCAUGUAAUUGAAGUGCCUCAGCUGACAUUGCUUAAAUCGUAAGCCGCGAUUUGCAUUUCAAUUGUCCAUUUAUUUCGAGAAAUUGUAUAACGUUCUCCUGAAUUAUAUUAGGUUGUCUUUAUCUAGACAAGUUAUUGACGUUUUUGCUAUCUAUUCUUAUUAAAAUUACGCACUAGAGGCAGUCAGGGGAAUGAUGUUUAAUUAAAACUCAUAAAAAUAUCCUAAUAGGAGUAAUGCG